AUGAAUUUUUUUUUUUUGUCAAAGGACAAGAAUAAGGUUAACUUGGAAUGUUUGAACAAUGAUAAAAUAAAUCUACAUAUAUAUUUAGAUGAUAUAUAUUAUCGUAGUGGUGAUAUAUUUAGAUGUAUAUUAGAAGUAAGAGGUCCCGAAAAAUAUAUAGGAAAUAUAAAAUUAGAUUACGUUGUGUUAUAUAUAUAUGGAAUAUGCAUAUUUAAUAAUGAUAUAAUAAAUAUAAAUGAAGAAUUAAUAAAAAGACACCAUAAUAUAUAUUUACCCUUUUAUAAAAAAGAAGAUACUAAUGAAAAGAAAUUUUUAAUAUUUUAUACAAAUUCUAUUAUAGUAUGUAGUGAUAUAUGUUUUAAUAAAUGUAAUAAUAUUUUUUAUUAUUCUUUGGAAUGUUUACUUCCAUAUUUUAUACCACCAACAUAUAACGGCAAAAAUGUAAAAAUUAAAUAUUUUUUAUAUGUGGAAGCACUCAAAAGAUUAUAUAAAAAUACAAAAGAUUUUAUUACCAAAAAAUAUGAAGCUAAUUAUUCAAUACCUAUUAUUAAUACAAAGUAUAAAAAUAACCCUAUAUUGAAUUUUUCAUAUUUCCCAAUAAAACCAUAUGAUAUAAAAUUAUGUAAAGAAAAUCAGAGGCAUACAUAUUUACAGCAUAACUUUUAUAUUUACAUAAAAAAAUUGGGAAAUACGAAAAUAUAUAAUUUAGACAGUAUGGAUAAAAAAAAUAAUAUGUUAAAAAAUAAUAAUAGUAAUAAUAAUAAUAUUAAUAUUAAUAUUAAUAGUAUUAAUAAGAAACCAUUAUUAUAUAAUAAAACUAUAUAUAAUAUAUCUUAUAUUCCUACUCAUAUUUAUAAUAAUAUACAAAAAAGCAAUUUCGAUUAUUUCCUAUGUAUGUAUAAUUUGUUCUCUCAAAGAAAAGAAGACUCUUCUUUAUUCUUAUUAAAUUAUAUUAUUCCUAAUUAUAAUUAUUUUUACUAUCUACAUUGCUUUCUAUAUCUAAUAUAUCACCAUAAUUAUUUUCAAAACAUUAUUAAAUAUAAUGAUAACUGUAGCAAUUUUUAUCCUUCAUGCAUAAAUAAUAAUACCCCUUUGGUUUUUUCCCCCCUCCUAGACAACAUAGAAAAGGGAAAUAGAGAGCGUCAAACUAAUUCUUAUAAAGAAUUAAAUCAAAAUGAAAGUAAAAACAUAAAAGAAAUGUUAUCUGAUCAACAGAACCAAAGACAUCAAAAUAAAAAGGAAAAUAUAAAUGAUCACACAAAUGACGUAAAUAAAUUCCAUUGUUAUAAUAAUUUAUUAAAUGAAAAAGAAAGAGAAAAAAAAAAAAAAAAACAUUUAGAUAUGUAUCAUAUGAAUUACAUUCAUCCUAUUAUGUAUAAUGAUAAAGAUUUACAUAAUUUUUAUUUUUGUAAAUAUGAAAACUUCACUUUUAAUGACAUUUUAUAUGAACCUGUACUAUGGUGUGAUAAUUUAAUUGUAGAUAAUUAUAAUAAAAGAACACCUUCUAAAGAAGAAAAAAAUAUACACAUUCAAAAGUCCCCAAAUGUUAGGGAAAAUCAAAAUGAUGAGCUUGUAGAUGAAUCUAAAAGAAAAGAUUAUCAUGAUAAUAACGAAGAUAUUAGAAAAGGAAAAAAUAAUAAUAAUAAUAAUAAUAAUAAUAAUAAUACUUGUUCAAAUAAAAAAAUGGAUGAUUUGUCAAAUGAGAAUAAUUUAUCAAACGAUAAUCUUAAAAGUGACACCGAAAGGAAAAUAAAAUGCCCAUCAAAAGAAAAAAUAAGUAAAAAGAAAUAUAGUGUUAUUUAUAAUAAUAAAUAUUAUAAAAUGGAUACUAUCAUAAAAUAUAUGAUUAAAAAUAAUAUGUUCAGAUAUUAUGUUAAUUUAAAAAAAAUGAAAAAUGAUUUUAUUAGCAAUAAUUCGAAUGAUAAAAAUAGUGUGAUCGACAAACAUAAUGUGAGUAAUAAUAAAAAAAAUAAAAAAAUAAAAAUGAACUCACCAAAUAUAUAUAAUAUUAAUACAAAUAAUAAAAAUGUGUGUAUAAUAUCUUUAAUGGAUAAAAUAAAUAAUAAAAUAACAAAUGUUUUUAAUUAUAAUAAUAGUAUUAUUAAUAUAAAUAUAAAUUUACAAAAUGCUGAAAUAUGUACGAAACAUAUUGAUAUAUCUUUAAAAAGGAUAGAAAAAAUUAGAAUGAAAAAAAAAAUUUUUUAUAUUUCAAAAAAUAGAUCUUAUUAUGACGAACAUGAUAUUAUAGAAGAGGAAUAUUAUUCAUCUAGUUCUAAUAAAACUAUAUCAUGUAAUUUAACAAAUAUGUCUUCUUCCACCUCAUCGUCACCAUCAUCAUUACAAUUAAAAUUUCCAUCAAAAAAUAAUAUCUUAUCUAAAAAAAAAGAACAAUCAUAUAAUGUCUUAUGUAAUACUAAAACAAUAUUAGAACAACAUAUUAGUACUUUAUCAUGUUCUGAAAAAAAUAUAAACAUAAUAUUGAAUGAAGAUAUUAUUCCAACAUUUUCAAAUGAUAUAAUAAGUAUAGAUUAUUUUAUAGAUAUGGAUUUUUACUGUUUCAACAAUAAAAACAAUACAUUACAACCUUUUUCUCUACAGACUUCUUUUGACCACGUGUAUAACAUGACCUUCCGUAUACCUAUAUAUAUUAUAGACACAAUUCACCAUGAAGGUUAUGAAAACAUGAAUUCUACAAAUCUUUCUGCUAGGAUGAUAGACGAUGAACCAUUUGAUGAGCACCAAAUAUGUUUAAAGGAUGGUCAUAAAUAUGAUUACGUGGAUAAGAGGUGUUACAUAAAAAAUUUAGAAAUAUGA